AGCCAUCGUUUGGCCUAUCUAGCGCACGAGUCGGAGCAGGCCGAGCAGCGCACGGCACGGCACGGCACCGAGCCCGACCCGGGACGAUGAAACCGACCUCAACCAAACAGGCACGUCGCGGUGGGAUCGCACAGGACAACGAGACGUCUGACGGCGUGAGGCUGAGACCAAAGGAGAACAGAGACGGAGAGGAGCGCGGCGGCCCGGGCGCCGGAGCCUGGAGGGUAGGGGAAGAGAAGAGAAGAGGCGAUGGCGUCAAUCGGGUCCUCCAACAUCGGAUUCCAGCUGCUGAAGAAGUCUGGUUGGAAGGAGGGCACUGGCCUUGGAGCGCAGGAGCAGGGAAGGUUGGAACCUGUAGAGACUCGUGUUAAGAAUAACAAGCGUGGUAUAGGUUCUAAAGAACCAAAACCACAACCUAAGGUUGAGGAUGACAUUGAAACACAUCCUCAAAAGCCCAAGGAAAUGCAAUCAAAGAAAAGGGCAAAAUUAGCUGCAAAGAGGAUAAGAAAACUGCAAGAAGAGGAGAAGCGCUUGAAAGAGAAGGAAUUCGAGAUGGCUUUUUUCAGGGAAUUUUGGCCUGAUAAUGUGUAAGGCAGAAACUUCAACACUUGACAAUGUAGCUGCUGACUUUGCCUGAUAUAGUGGAUGUAUAGGCUUGCAAAACGCUUGGCCUACAAAAUGUUACCCCAUUCAUUCCGUGGAUGAUUUCACACAUGAUUUGUGGCUAGGGUUGGCACAAAGCUGUUCAUCCAUGUAGUGGACAAAUCUAGUGUAGAAUUGCCCAUGCUAUGUGAUCUUGUAAUUUUUAUACAUUAUAAAUCUUGUUUUUUUUUGUUCAUAUAACUGUGCUCAAUAUUUUGCCUUGCCAAUGCAAAGAUUUAAA